AAAAUUAAGUAGAAUUUAAUGUUUUCUUAUUAUUUUGUUUGAGUAACUAAUCAAAGGAAAAGAAAACGUGAAAUAAAAUUUUCUUGUUUAAAUAACUGAUAUAUUUUGGCACUGGACUAUGAGAAAAAAUGAAGAACUUUUUUAUGUAUAGCCGUAGAUCUUCUAUAAAGAUUAAAAAGAAAUUUAUUAAGUGUUCUACUUUAUCAAGAUGCUUAAAUUACUCAAUAACUCUUAGCUUGUUUAUUAUUGGUGGCUUAAUUGUAAUCUAUGAAAGUACCGAAACGAUUAUUCAUCCGAUAAAUUCCCCACAAUUCGUUUUUGGAUUAGAAGUAACUGGACCAAAACGGGUUUUAUGGCCAAUUAACGUUGAAUUUGUUUCUGCGGAAUUUACCUGCAAUUUUCGUUUCUCAGAUGGACCAGAAGGUAAUCUUUUCUUUAUUGAACAUCAGUGGACUGCGAAUAGGGUUUUAGCAGUUGGCUCUCAUUAUUUAAUCAAUGGGGAGAAAAGAUUGAAGGGCGCUAACACAUCGGUUUUAGUUCACAAUGGGAUUGAUGGGAGUGUUCGUCUAACUUCCGACGAUAUAAAAGUCACGGACAUUUUUGGGUCAAGAGUCUAUUGCCUCAUUCGCACGGGUUAUCGGGUUUUGUGGUGGAAAGGUAAAAAUAGCUAAAGUAAUUCUAUAUUCAUCCUCAAGUCUUUGUUUUUUUUCUGACAAAGCAUAUUUUCUGGAUAGCUUUUAAUUUAUUUCUUUAGUUAAUAUAGCCGAAGGUCAUCACUCAGCUGAGGUUACAAUCUAUAAUAAAACUAUCCAAAUUCUAAGAAUGAGUAUUGGAUCGGUUUCCUGCUCACUAUACGCCUACCCACCUUUAUUGCUAAGAUGGCAGCCUAUAAAUGUAAGGAAAAAGUGUCGGUGGUGGCAAACUAACCAAAGUGUGGUGAAAGAUAUAAAAAAUGGCUUACAGAGUUAUCGUCAAAUAUUGAAUUUUAAUAAACUAUGUCUGGGUAGUGUAUUUGUAUGUUUUCCUCUUGACGUCUCGUUUCUUCGCCGAGAGUUUACCGUCUAGCUUAAAUAUCAAUUUCUCAUACAUAUGAUAAAACUAGUACUGUGAAAUUAAGCCUAUUUCUUCCGUAAUAAAAAAGCGAUAAAAACUAUACAGGUUUGCUGUUUUAAAUUUCCCUCUUGAAAAUCGCGUCGGACCUUAAAAACUGGUAAAGAUAUAUUUUACCACACUUACAUGGUUUGUAUAUGUCAAUUAAGCUGAAGCCAUGCAAGAUAAGACCGUGGUUUCACUUCUUUGUAUUCUGACAUAUGUCAUAUACAGUAAUGCUCCACAAUGCGGGUUUGUUUUCGACGACGUUUCAGCAAUAAAAGAUAAUAAAGAUUUGAGGGCCUUUACACCCUUAUCCAAUCUCUUCCGGAACGACUUUUGGGGUACUCCCAUGAACAAUGAAAAAAGUCAUAAAUCAUAUAGACCUCUGUGCAUUUUAACUUUCCGUUGGAAUUACAUAUUAAGCGAGUUAAAUCCUUGGGGUUAUCAUUUUGUCAAUGUUCUUCUGCAUAUAAUCGUAACCUUAUUCUUUUGGAAAGUUUGUCAAAAAGUGCUGAAUGAUUCGUUUUUGACUAAUACCUCCGCAGUCUUAUUUGCUGUACAUCCCAUCCAUACUGAAGCCGUAACAGGAGUUGUGGGUAGAGCUGAACUGCUGUCUUCGAUAUUUUUUCUUGCCGCCCUAUUGUGUUAUUACAAAGCAGUGAAAACUCAGACCAUUUCAAGUCAGUUAAUACAAAAACUUUCGAACAGGAGGGGUACCAGUUGUAUUUAUAUUGUAUAAACUAUUGUCAUUGAGUGUAUAAAAGUACAAUGAACUGAUAAAAACAAAACACAACUCAUAUCUCUCCUAUCUACUUUAUUCACAUUCUCUAAACUUUAAUUUCAUAUUUUCAGCCUUUCUCUAUGUUAUCUUCUCUGUAAUAAUUGUUGCAUUUGCUAUGCUAUGUAAAGAACAAGGUAUUACGGUAAUUGGAGUUUGUUGUGUCUUCGAUGUCUUUGUCGCAAAUAACUUAAAACUACAAAACCUUCCUACCGUCCUAAAUAUUUUCAAUAGAACAAGUCCUCCAUGGUUCAAAAGAUCUUUUCUGAGAUGUUCCUUGUUAAUUGGAACAACUGUUAGUUUAUUGUAUGCUAGAAUCAAGGUUAUGGACGCUCAGUUACCUCACUUUACAAACUUCGACAAUCCAGCUGCGGCGUCUCCCUCUCCUACUAGGCAGUUAACUUUCAAUUAUUUACUCGCAGUAAAUAGCUGGUUGUUAUUAAAUCCUUCUGGUCUUUGUUGUGAUUGGACAAUGGGAACUAUACCUGUUAUCUCUUCCUUUUUGGAUGUUAGAAAUUUCGCUACUCUGACCUUCUACUCUUUAUUCCUCUGGUUGGGGCUUCUAGCAGUCACUCAACAAACGAAAAUUAGUAAAUGUUUAACAUUUAGCCUCGCUCUGAUGAGUAUACCCUUUUUACCCGCUUCAAAUCUUCUAUUUCCUGUUGGUUUUGUUGUGGCUGAAAGAAUUUUGUACAUUCCAAGCAUGGGGUUCUGUAUACUCCUAGCAAUUGGUUUUAAAAUUCUCUAUAAAAUCUCUUCAAUGUCUUAUAUAUCGAAAAUGAUAAUUUAUGUCCUCGCUGCCAAUGUUGUUAUUUCUUUUAGUUUUAAAACAUUCCUGAGGAAUUAUGAAUGGGAAUCAGAGCAUAGCCUAUUUAAAUCGGCUAUCCGAGUUAAUCAAAAUAACGCUAAGCUCUUCAAUAAUGUUGGCCAUUCUUUGGAAGGAAAAAAUGACCACGCAAGAGCGCUUAAGUACUUCUUAUAUGCCGCAAAGGUACAACCGGAUGACAUUGGAGCUCAUGUUAACGUUGGACGGGCAUAUAAGAAUCUGGAGAAAUAUACGGAGGCUGAAAAUUCAUAUCGCAAAGCUGUUUCAUUAUUACCAGCUAUUAUUCGAGGCAAAAGGUACAAAACAAGAGUUGCACCUAAUCAUCUUGGAGCCUUGUUAGGCCUUGGAUCUCUAAUAUCUCGCAAUUUGUCUAGAUUAGGCGAAGCAGAUUCUUAUUAUCAAAAGGCCUUGAGGAUGAGACCAAGUUUCAUUGAAGCUCAUUUGAAUCGCGGAGAUAUCUUAUUGCGCAUGAAUAAAUCGGAUGAAGCCUUGGCUCAAUAUCGAACAGCUUUAAAAUAUGAGCCAAAUAAUGCUGAUAUUCUUUACAAUAUUGGAGUUGUCUUUCUGGAAAAGAAGAAUAAGAUAGAAGCUCUUAAAAGUUUUGAGAUGGGGUUAAAGGCUUUUCCUGAACAUAAACAGACAAUGUAUAAUUCUGCGAUUUUGAUACAAGAGCUUCACAUUAAGGAUAUGUUGACUCAAGCAAUUGAGAGACUGGAACGUUUACUCCAAUUGGAGCCAACUAGUGGGAAAGCUUACUUUGGCCUUGGACUGUUAUAUAUGGAUGCUAAGCGAUUUGAUGACGCAUAUAAUGCUUACAAGAAAUCUAUCGAGAUUACGCCGAAUUUCCGUAGCGCUCUCUUUAAUUUGGCUUUGAUGUUAAAUAACGAUAUGAAAAAGCAUGACGAGGCUUUGAUAUAUUUGAGGCAAUUGUUGCAACAUUAUCCCAAUCAUACCAAAGGUCUUCUACUUCUUGGCGAUUUAAAUCUAAACUAUGAGAAGGAUGCAAAUUCUGCUUUGGAGAAUUUCAGAAAAAUCACAGACAUAGAACCCAAUAAUGUUCAAGCAAGGCAUAAUAUAUGCAUAGUUUAUUUUGAAAUGAAGCGAAUGCAUGAAGCUGAAAAAUGUUUGGUUGAAGUUCAAAAACUUGCCCCAAAUGAAGAGUAUAUCCGUAGACACUUAGGAGUUGUACGAAACAAACUGGAUAUUGCACGAAAAAUGAAAGUUAAUGAAGUUAACAAGAAAUUAAGAAAUAAUCUGUGAUAUUAGAUAAUUUGAUAAAUACUGUAUUAAUUAACGUUUAGGCACCGAAUCUCUUUGUUAUGAUCUAUUAACAUUUCAAAUUUCGUUGAGCACUAGCUUUCUUGGUUGAAUAUACAAU